AGGCGAACCGGCUGUCUGCGCACCGCACCGGGAGGCAGGGAUCCGCUUACCAUCAAACCUCACUCUCAGCCCUCAUUCUCCUACACGCCCGAGCUCUGUUGCACCAUGCUGACCCGCCUGUUCCGUAUGCACGGCCUCCUGGUGGCCUCCCACCCCUGGGAGGUGAUCGUUGGCACAGUCACCCUCACCAUCUGUAUGCUGUCCAUGAACAUGUUCACUGGCAAUGACCAGAUCUGCGGCUGGAACUUUGACUGUCCCAAAACAGAGGAGCAAAUUUUGAGCAGUGAUAUCAUCAUCCUGACCAUCACACGCUGCAUUGCCAUCGUCUAUAUUUACUUCCAGUUCCAGAACUUGAGACAACUGGGAUCCAAAUACAUUUUAGGCAUUGCUGGCCUUUUCACCAUAUUCUCCAGUUUUGUAUUCAGCACAGUGGUCAUUCACUUUCUUGAUAAAGAGCUCACUGGCCUCAAUGAGGCUUUACCCUUCUUCCUGCUUCUCAUCGACCUCUCCAAGGCAUGCGCUCUCGCCAAGUUCGCCUUAAGCUCCAGCUCCCAGGAUGAAGUGAGGGACAACAUUUCUCGUGGCAUGGCAGUUCUGGGACCUACCUUCACUCUGGAUGCCCUGGUGGAGUGCUUAGUGAUUGGAGUUGGGACCAUGUCAGGUGUGCGACAGUUGGAAAUCAUGUGCUGCUUUGGCUGCAUGUCUGUCUUGGCCAACUACUUCGUGUUUAUGACUUUCUUCCCUGCGUGUGUCUCACUGGUGCUGGAGUUGUCCCGUGAGAACCAGGAGGGCCAUCCCAUCUGGCAGCUAAGCCACUUCUCCAGAGUGAUGGAGGAGGAGGAGGACAACAAGCCCAACCCCGUAACCCAGAGAGUCAAAAUGAUCAUGUCUCUGGGCCUGGUGAUGGUUCACGCCCACAGCCGCUGGAUCGCCGAGCCCUUGUCCAUCAACACCACAGUGGACAUCCCACAGGUCGGCAUGGAAUUAGACCACCUCUCACCCAGGAGGAUUGAGCCAGAGAAACCGCUUUGGCACUUCUACCUCACCAGGAUGAUAACCAUGGACAUAGAGCAGGUGAUCUGUUUGGCCUUGGCCCUGCUGCUGGCUAUCAAGUACAUCUUCUUUGAGCAGGUUGAGAUGGAGUCUACGCUCUCACUGAAGAACCCCAUCACUAUGUCAGCCCCCGCCUUGACCCCACGCCGACCCAUUGAGACCUGCUGCAGGAAGGAGCCGCUCGCUCCCCGACCCCCGGCCCCCACCCAGACCGUGGCUGACCCGAUGCCGGCCGACAAGACAGAGAGAGAUGAGGUAAUCCGGCCCCUGUCCCCCCCGACCACUGAUCCCCAGCCAAAGAGCUUCUUUGUUGUGGGGGAGGGAGAAGAAGAGCUGAAGUCCAAGAAUGAUCAGCCGAGCAUCCCCCAAAAUCCCAGAGGCCUGGACGAAUGCGUGGCCAUCCUCAACAACCCUGAGCUGGGGCCCCGUUUCCUGAGCGACGCUGAGGUGAUGCUGCUGGUCAACUCCAGACACAUCCCCGCAUACAAGCUGGAGGCCAUGAUGGAGAAACCAGAGAGAGGAGUGGCCAUACGAAGGCAGAUGAUAUCUGCAAAGCUUCCCUCUCCUUCUGCGCUCUCCUCCCUGCCAUACACAGACUAUGACUACUCCAAGGUCAUGGGCGCCUGCUGUGAGAAUGUUAUUGGCUACAUGCCUGUACCGGUGGGUGUGGCUGGACCGCUCCACCUGGAUGGGAAGCAGUUCCAGGUGCCCAUGGCAACCACAGAGGGCUGCUUGGUUGCCAGUACCAACCGCGGUUGUCGAGCGAUAGCUCUGGGAGGCGGAGCCAGCAGUCGUAUCCUGGCCGACAGCAUGACCCGAGGACCCGUAGUGAGGCUGCCCUCUGCCUGCCAGGCUGCUGAGGUCAAGGCCUGGCUGGAGAGCACGGACGGUUUUCAGGCCAUCAAAGAUGCCUUUGAUAACACCAGCAGGUUUGCUCGGCUCCAGAAGCUGCUGGUUGGUCUGGCUGGGAGAAAUCUCUACAUCCGCUUCCAUUCCAAGACUGGAGAUGCCAUGGGCAUGAACAUGAUCUCGAAGGGCACAGAGCAGGCUCUGAGCACACUGCAGCAGCACUUCCCAGAGCUGCAGGUGGUGGCUGUCAGUGGGAACUACUGCACCGACAAAAAGCCGGCCGCCAUCAACUGGAUCGAGGGCCGUGGCAAGUCUGCAGUCUGUGAGGCCACCAUCCCUGCUAAAGUGGUCAGAGAGGUUUUGAAAACGACAACAGAAGCUCUGGUGGAGGUCAACAUCAGCAAGAACCUGGUGGGCUCGGCCAUGGCGGGCAGCAUUGGUGGAUAUAACGCACACGCUGCCAACCUGGUGGCUGCCAUCUACAUCGCCUGUGGACAGGAUCCAGCCCAGUCAGUUGGCAGCAGUAACUGCAUCACCCUGAUGGAGGCAUCAGGACCAACAGGGGAGGACCUAUACAUCAGCUGCACCAUGCCCUCUAUAGAGCUGGGCACUGUAGGAGGAGGCACCAACCUGCCCCCCCAGCAAGCCUGCCUCCAGAUGUUGGGCGUGCAGGGGGCCAGUCAGGACUGUCCAGGGGAGAAUGCCCGGCAGCUGGCCAGGGUUGUGUGUGCCACCGUGCUGGCUGGAGAGCUCUCACUGAUGGCUGCUCUGGCUGCUGGCCACCUGGUCAAGAGUCACAUGACACACAACAGAUCCAAAGUGAACCUGCAGGAGUCUCCAGGAACGUGCACAAAGAAAGCCUCCUGAGAACCUGAGAGCAGGGUGGCCUCCCUCAGUGAGCGCGAGCCACUGGACACAACAGUAAACCAGGGAAACAUGGACAAUUUGAAAGGGACUAAUCAUUCUGUUCAGUGAAAACAGACCUCAGAAGUCUUCCAAGUGCUUUCAAAGAGACACGGGAGUGUCUCUUGACCAAUCUCUAUGCUGGCUAUGGAAAGGAUUCAUACAAGCUAAUCAGACUAUUCCGGGAGAGUUUAUUCAUUUUUUGUUUGUGUUAUGGAGCUGGCAAAGGGCACUUAAUACUGAGUUGAUGAAUUCCCACAUUAAAGAAUUCUGUCAGGGUUUGGGGAAACGGACAAUUUGGGUUAAAUGAUGAAAUGAAAUGAAACAUUUCUGCUCUCCUGUUGCCAAAAGGAGCAUUGUCAACACAGAAACAAUGAUACCUAGAAGGUGGAUGUUUUCAUUGUUGAACGUUUGUGGCUAUUUAUGGAGCUUAACAACUAUGCUGCUUACAAUUCUGCAUCCUUUGAUGUCUUCAUCAGGGUGGCUUGUGAAGCUAACAAGAACACAUAGUGUCACAGUUUUGACAACUCAAGACGAAGCAGACUCAAGUCCUGAUUCCACCAUAAGAAGACAGAAAGAUUAAUCAACUAUUGUCUUGAUCCAAGAGGCACUUUAGAACUAAGACUACAAAUCUCUCCUAAAGGCCGAGUUGAUCUCCUGUAGGGACAGAACAAGUUCCGACCAAAUCACAGCUACUAUUAGUUACUAUCACCCUUCAUAAAAGAAGGGGAGAUAUUAACUAAAAAAGGCUUCAAGUGCCUGUACUCGGCCAAUUCAUGUUGAGAUUAUAGUACCUGAUACAAAGAAACAAAACCAAUGGCUCAACUGAUCUCUGCACUGGAUUCCCAGCACCAAAAAAAAUACUUUAAAUAACAGUGUGUUCCAGUUCCCAUUCACUACAGAUGUAUCUGUGAGUGUUUGCGUGUGUGAUUGUACUGUUUUGAUUGAUGCUUUGUCAUGAAUUGCACAUGAGAGCUACGUUCAUGCAUUUAGCAGUUUGCAUCUAAUCUCUGAAGCCUCUAUGUGCCGCCUGUGGCAUGUGAAAGCUGCGUGCAGAAGCUUCAUGUGGCACAGCUUUGUGGGAAAGGCAACCAAAUGCCCUGGGGCCCCUGAUGAUGAUGAACGGGGCCUGUAUGGAUCAGGUUCAGUGUGUCCAUAGAAAGUGAAGUAAGAAGGUGACACUUGUAUUGCUACUUAAUCUUGAUGCCUUACUUGUAAAGAAAAUCUAGUAAUUUAUAAUUGUUUAUUAAUAUAUAUUAAUGUAUUUUUACUACACAUUGAUACA